CAGAAAGAACAGACAAAAUGCAGGCAGGGCACAGGACAAAGCACUAGGGACAAAUUAAAAAAAUGAAAUUUUUUAAAGUUUUCAAAUUUCCCACCGGUUCCGGCGCCCGUACGUCCCGACGUCACAGGGACCGGAACACAGAAGACGGAUGCCGUCAUCGGCCGGAGGAGAUGGUCGGGGACGUUGCAGGGGACACAUCGUGGGAGGGAAGGACAAGGUAAGCUCUGCAGGGAAUCCCUAUGCAGUGCCGCAUGUAUUCCCGAGUGUAGCUCGGGGUUACCGCUUUUGGUACUGAAAU